AUGGCUGCACUCCCCAUCGCGACUGCACACGACCUGCCCGUCGACGCUGCCUUCACCAAGGGCCUGCCCAAGAUUGAGGUACUGCUCCAGCCUCCUCGGUCCCUAGUCAUCGCGCCAAGGACGCUCAGACUUCCGUUCGCUGCUGCUAAUGACGCGACUCAGCUUCAUGCCCACUUAACCGGCAGCAUCAGUCGCGACUGCCUGCACGCCAUAUGGGAGACAAAGAAAGCACGGCAGCCUGACUUCGACCUCGAGGACCCCUUGGUCGCCAUACCCGCGGGCAAAGUCGACUACGAUAUCAAAACAGCGAUCCUUGAAGAGGGCGUAACCAAGGAUGAUUACGUGAAGACCGUUUUGGACAUACUCAAUGCCCAUAACGACGAUGCUGACAAUACCAUGCGAGCUUUCCUCAUACUGUCAAUCGACCGCCGCAACAACAUCUCAGACGCGGAAGAAGUCGUCGAUCUCGCCAUCAAGUAUCAGUCCGCCGGCGUUGUUGGUGUCGACCUAUGCGGCGACCCAGCGAAAGGUGACAUUCGCAUAUUCGGCGACAGCUUCGCUCGGGCAAAGGCUGCCGGACUGAAGAUCACGCUGCACUUUGCCGAGAGCGAAAAUUCUUCCUCGGAUUUGGAGUUGCAAACACUCCUGUUAUGGCAACCUGACAGACUGGGUCACGUCAUACAUGUCAAAGAUGAGUUCAAAAAAACUAUCGAGCUGCACGGAAUCGGCGUUGAGCUGUGCCUCAGCUGUAACGUCCAUGCUAAGAUGAUCACGGGCACUUACUCGGACCACCACUUUGGAGUGUGGCGACACAGCAGUGUUCCCGUCGCUCUGAGCGUACGUUGA